AUGUGGGAAACUAUACGAGCGCUCUUUUCGCGCAUAAUGCCUAGUAGGGAUGACAUAGCACCAGUACUUGGUGUAGAGUAUAACGUAAUAUGGCCAGCUAAUAAUUCAGCAUUAAAACUAACAACUUUUGGCACGCAAUUGUUGCAAAAGUGCGCAAAAGUAAAUAAACCGGAUGGCAGUAGAAUAAAUAUUGAAAGCUUUAUGGCACAGUCAGACAGGUUUCCCUUACAGUUUGGCAGCAACAACUGUCGUGUAAUGAGUCAACCCGUGCAACGAAGUGCAGCAAUUGCAAAACAAAUAGCUUCUGCAUAUCCCUUGAUACAUGAACGUGUGCUCUACUUAUAUUUGGCAUUUUUGGAGCAUAAAAGCAAAUAUGGUAAUGCUAUUGAACGCGAAAUUUAUGCGGACAUUACACUCACCGCACUAGUGCAAAGGCUUUUGGAAAAGCGUUGCGCUGCAUUUUAUGGUUGUAUAGAUAAAUAUCUGCUCAUCACAGGCGAAAAAGGUUAUGGUGGAUUCUGUGAAGUUGGCACUGAAGCUGAAAAGACGCCGCUGCAGCUACGAAAUGUUUUGAGUUAUGAUGAAAUUAAGCUCUCCGCUUUCUUGUCAAUUUCUUCGCAAACCGAGUUCAUAAAUGAUGGCAGUCGUUAUAAUGAAGGCGUGAUUGAGGUGGACAAAUCUAAAAUCGAGUUAGAUGGCAUUGUAAUCGGCAUGAUUGGUGGACGCUUUCAAGUAAAAGAAUUCAUGGAGUGGCAGGAUAUAAUGAUAACUGCCGCACAGAAUACCAAAGAGAAUGGCUAUGGUUUUACAGCACAAGAGGCAGCGUUGGCGCCUAAACGCAAUGUAGACUAUCGACGCAUUUGGAUCGAUUUCUAUGAAGAAAUUGAUUUACUAUAUACGCAAGUGAUUGCAAAGCAUACAAAACGUUUCUUUAAAGGUCCACAUAACAAUUAUAUUUUUGAUAAUUUAAUGAUGAAGAAACGUUAUGCCAUCUCCUUCGAUACACUAUUGUUAGAAGCAGAAGCACGCGGUGCUAAUCUUAACAAACAAAUAUAUGUACAUGUAGUCGGUAUAGGUUUGGGUUCAUGGCGUGCGGUACCACAGCAAGAAAAAAUAUUUUUAGAGACAUUCGGCGAACGUCUGCAGCAGUUAUUACCACACUUGUCGCAUAUUGCUGUGGUGCACUUCUCCUAUUUUACUUUAACUGCCUGGGGCAAUCUACAGCACGGCGGUAUGAUUAUGUCAGAAACGCAUCCAGCAGGUGGCAUUAAAAUAUUUAUGAGCAAUCGCGAACCCUCAGCAAAGCGUCCAACGGAGUUUGAAAAUAUGUUGGUAGUGGAGUCAUACGCUUGGGCUGGCAAUGCAUUACCCGGCAACGAUUUUUGGCUGGGUGCUUUAGCUUCUUCCGGCGAUCCUGCCGCCGCUUGCAGUACUCUCAUAUCUGAACUGCAUAAUCCACAUAUUAAUACAGAUAUGGUAAACGGCAACAAUUUGCAUAUUGCUUCUCCGCGUUAUGGCAUUUUACAUAUUGCAGAUUAUGCAAAGAAAGUUUUAGAACAAUAUAAUUCUUUAUAAUACUUUUCAAAUAUGGUUUUGAUAAAGAUACAAAUUUUACAAUUAAAUAAUAUAAAAAAUAUAUUUUUCAAUAAAAAAUUGUUGGAUUUGUUUGCAACAAUAAGAAUUCAAUUUAAAAAAAAUCAUAGCAACCGGAAAUUAUUUAAUUAUUUAUAAAAUGUUCUCCAGCUAACAAGUUUAGUUGGCAACGCGGGACGCCGAUCAGCUGUAGCUCCUGUUUCUUGCUUUUCCAACGCGAAUUUCAUCAGACACAUCAAAUUUUCGUGCAUAAUCAAACAGGUACAAAUUGCGUUUCUGACCCACUUUCCGUUUCCCACCGUCAGCGAAGCAAAGAACAAAACAAACAAGGAAAUUAACCGACAGUGUAAAAUAAAAACAUAAAUGUGAGUGAAAAUAUGUAUGGGGACAGUCCCAUUGUGAAAUAUUAAAUUCUCUGUGGCGCAUUGCACCGGCGAGU